CAUUAAACAAAUUUACAGGUAAACAACUAGUGUCCUGAAAUGCCCUUCAGGUUUAGAUAUCGGAGGUGUAUUUACUUAUUAUUGGGCCUCCUCACUGCAGUAAGUGUAAUAGUGUACAACAAGAAAUUAUAUGCUAAGGAAAUUUGGACUAAUGAAAAUACCACCACGAAUGCAAUUAAAAAACAUACCGCCCCUUCUGCUGUAAUACUGCUAACACAGCGUCGAUCUGGAUCAAGUAUUGUUGGUGAAUUGUUCAACCAGUAUGUGAACGUGAGCUACUUUUACGAACCCCUUUUUCCAUUCGACGACACCUGUGAAAGGUCUUUACAAAAUCAGACCCUAAAAACGAUUCAGCACAUAGCGGGCUGUAAGCUGACACAUUUGCCAAAGUUGUAUGGUGAAGCAUUCAAUGUUACCAACCGCGACGAUAAAUAUUCAAGGUGCAAAGAGUAUAGUGUAUGCUUCGCAGGCUAUACAAGAAGCAAAUACAGCGCAUACCUCACACGCGAUGCUCAAAUUUGCCACACCACGGAAGCCCAUCAACAAUGUCCUGCACCGAUUGACUUGGACCGUUUAUCUUCCCAUUGCCGUAGUAGCAUCAUGGUUGCUAUGAAAGUCAUAUACCUGUGCAGGCUUGAAUGGAUCACUCCGCUGCUAUUAAGUAAGCAAAGCAUUGUGAAGAUUGUACAUCUUGUAAGGGAUCCUAGGGCAAUCAUUAAUUCCAGGAUACCUCAGAGAGAAACAAACUCUGCGGUAAACAAAGCAAGAUUCGGAGUCAUAAGGUUCUAUGCCCACCAAAUAUGUGACCAACUGUCAAGUAAUGUCGGCUACGCAGAUACGGUUGUUGGUAGCAUUGUACCAAGGAAAAGUUAUCUGCGAAUUCGACAUGAGGACUUUGCUUUAGAGCCAAUACAAGUUUCUGAGAACAUUUACAAGUUUUUGUCACUUCCUUUUCGAGAAGGCAUGAGAAGGUGGGUUCUAGAUGCAACUACUUCCAAUACACAGACGUCAGAACUGAAAACCGGUGACCAAGGUACAAAAAGAAACUCAAAAGAAAUCGUUUCUGCAUGGAGAGGAAAGUUAUCAUUCGAAGAGGUAGAUGUAAUACAAGAAAUAUGCAAAGAUUCUUUAAAUAAACUUGGUUACAAAAUAUUUAACACAGAAAAGGAAUUACAGAAUGUACAAGAACUUCAUUUCAAACCCAAAGUUUAAAGAGUCAAAACUGUGUAUAAAACUGUUUAACCUUUUAUUUUUAGCCAAAAGCCAACUUUGAAACACAAAAGUGUUUUUCAGUGAAUUACUAGAAUUUACAAUCCAAUAAAUUUUAACGUUUUUAAAUUAUUGUGUGUAUUUUCGUCUAUUUUUAUACUGACUGCUAGGUAGUUUAUCAUCAUUCACCUACCACCUUUUUCUAAAUGGUAUAAAACGUAACCUACGUCCGGGAGAUGGGGCUAAAGAGUAGCGAGUUUAUACUGAUUUGUUUUGCCUGGUAAGUCAUAAAGGCACAUCUCCGUUGCUAUAAACAAAACCAUAACCACCACCGUCUUAUUGGCAAAAUUUGUCGUUUAACUUUGAUUUUAUAUUUUACGUUUUAUACUAAAUUGUGUACAACUAUACUACGGAUAGAAAAUAAUGAAAUCGUGAUAUAGGGCAACAAAGCCCAUAAAACAUUUAAAAUAUAACAUGAACCUCAAAA